AUGCGCUGUAGUCUCUGUUUGUCCCUGACUGUGGCUCCAGCGAACCACACGGUGACGGAGGAGGAGGUGAGGGACAGGAGGCCCCUGGACUCUGUGGAGGAGGUGAGGGACAGGAGGCCCCUGGACUCUGUGGAGGAGGUGAGGGACAGGAGGCCCCUGGACUCUGUGGAGGAGGUGAGGGACAGGAGGCCCCUGGACUCUGUGGAGGAGGUGAGGGACAGGAGGCCCCUGGACUCUGUGGAGGAGGUGAGGGACAGGAGGCCCCUGGACUCUGUGGAGGAGGUGAGGGACAGGAGGCCCCUGGACUCUGUGGAGGAGGUGAGGGACAGGAGGCCCCUGGACUCUGUGGAGGAGGUGAGGGACAGGAGGCCCCUGGACUCUGUGGAGGAGGUGAGGGACAGGAGGCCCCUGGACUCUGUGGAGGAGGUGAGGGACAGGAGGCCCCUGGACUCUGUGGAGGAGGUGAGGGACAGGAGGCCCCUGGACUCUGUGGAGGAGGUGAGGGACAGGAGGCCCCUGGACUCUGUGGAGGAGGUGAGGGACAGGAGGCCCCUGGACUCUGUGGAGGAGGUGAGGGACAGGAGGCCCCUGGACUCUGUGGAGGUGGUGAGGGACAGGAGGCCCCUGGACUCUGUGGAGGAGGUGAGGGACAGGAGGCCCCUGGACUCUGUGGAGGAGGUGAGGGACAGGAGGCCCCUGGACUCUGUGGAGGAGGUGAGGGACAGGAGGCCCCUGGACUCUGUGGAGGAGGUGAGGGACAGGAGGCCCCUGGACUCUGUGGAGGAGGUGAGGGACAGGAGGCCCCUGGACUCUGUGGAGGAGGUGAGGGACAGGAGGCCCCUGGACUCUGUGGAGGAGGUGAGGGACAGGAGGCCCCUGGACUCUGUGGAGGAGGUGAGGGACAGGAGGCCCCUGGACUCUGUGGAGGAGGUGAGGGACAGGAGGCCCCUGGACUCUGUGGAGGAGGUGAGGGACAGGCGGCCCCUGGACUCUGUGGAGGAGGAGGUGAGGGAAAGGAGGCCCCUGGACUCUGUGGAGGAGGUGAGGGACAGGAGGCCCCUGGACUCUGUGGAGGAGGUGAGGGACAGGAGGCCCCUGGACUCUGUGGAGGAGGUGAGGGACAGGAGGCCCCUGGACUCUGUGGAGGAGGUGAGGGACAGGAGGCCCCUGGACUCUGUGGAGGAGGUGAGGGACAGGAGGCCCCUGGACUCUGUGGAGGAGGUGAGGGACAGGAGACCCCUGGACUCUGUGGAGGAGGUGAGGGACAGGAGGCCCCUGGACUCUGGAGGAGGUGAGGGACAGGAGGCCCCUGGACUCUGGAGGAGGUGA